AGAACCUCGAAUAUUUUGCCUCCCAAAUUCCACAAUGUUGGCACAGUUCGCAAAGCUCAGUCUUCAGCGUACUACUCUACGAGCCAAUACAGCAUCAGUUCAGUCAAUUCGACUCUUUUCUGGAAAUGGUAACAUCGUGCCUCCUUCACAACCCAUCGAUUUGGGUAAUCUUGCCGACAACCCUGGAGCUGUAACUGAGCGCCUUCGUCUCGGUAGAGGUCCUGGUUACGGUAAAGGAAAGACAGCAGGUAGAGGUCACAAAGGACAAAAGGCUCGUUCUGGCAAUGGACCACCACGACCUUGGUUCGAAGGUGGUCAAACCCCCCUCGUCAAGCGUAUGCCUAAGAGAGGUUUCGUCAACCAGCACGCUAAAAAAUACCAACCAGUUAACUUGGAACGCCUGCAACACUGGAUACAAGAAGGCAGAUUGGACAGUACGGGCAUCACCAUGGCCGACCUCCUUGAUUCUAGAUGUAUUCACAAAAUAGAAGACGGCGUCAAGCUCUUGGCUGAUGGUGCUGAGGAAUUCAAUGUACCUGUUCACAUUGAGGUUUCUCGAGCUUCGCAAAAGGCUAUUGCAGCCAUUGAAAAAGCUGGUGGAAGUGUUACCUGCCGCUAUUACAAUGCACUUGGUCUCAGAGUCGUUACCCGACCAGAGAAGUGGGGAUUCCGAUCACUACCAAAGUUCGCUGAGCCUGUCAAAGUCAAAGACAAGGAAUGGUACUCUGACCCUAAGAACCGAGGCUAUCUCGCCGACCCUGCUGCCAUUGAAGCUGCCAAAGCCGAAGCCAAGGCUCUUUGAUUAAUUUAGUUACAUCACACUUUUCCUUUUGCCUUUUUGUACUUGUAAAGACAACCCAAACAAUAGAAUUGUUCAUUUUGACCCUAUUUCAAACCAACCAAAAAUCGGGGUCUCCACACCCAAAAAUUUCCAUCC